AAACACAACAUAAAACAGAGAGAGAGAGUGGAAGAAGAAAAUGUUAGGAAGUGAAGCGCAUUCAUACUCUCCAGUUCUGAAUGCAUCAAGUGGUGCUGGCUAUGUCACCCCUAUUGGUGGACUCAACUGCUAUGUCACUGGUUCCAAUUUCACCUUGUGCACCAUUCUUCUUGUUGCCGAUAUUUUUGGAAUCAAUGCAACAAAUUUCAGGAAUCUUGCAGACAAGGUUGCUGCAAGAGGAUAUUACGUUGUAGCUCCUGAUUUAUUUAAUGGCAACCCUUUUGAUCCUGAUGAUGUCAACAGACCCUUAUCUGUUUGGUUACAAGAUCAUCCACCGGAGAAUGCUUCUGCAGAUGUAAAACCUGUUCUUCAAGAGUUAAGAAGUAAAGGUUAUUCUCGGCCAGGAGUGGCUGGUUUUUGCUGGGGCGGUAAGGCCAUGUCCGACCUUGGGAAAACCAACUAUGUGAAAGCUGCUUCGCAAUCACAUCCAUCAUUUCUCGAAGCGGAUGACGUCAGAGGUAUAAAGGUUCCUUUUCAAAUUCUUGGUGGUCAAAAUGAUACAAUGACUCCUCCAUCCAGAAUAAGAGAAGCUGAGCAAGUCCUACGAAAUGCUAAACCUAAGGUUCCUUAUCAGGUAAAAAUAUUUCCUAAUGUGGAACAUGGUUGGACUCUGUUAUAUGAUCCUAAUGAUCCAGUGGCUGUGAAGGCUGCAGACAAGGCUCAUCGAACGAUGAUAGCUUGGUUUGAUAAAUAUGUUCGGAACUGAGAAAUCUUGUUAUGUGAUAUCCGUGUGUCUGUGUAGUUUUAUUUAUGAAAAAAUAAAGUGUUAUGACCAAUCAUAAUAAGUACGUGAUAAGUGUACUAGCUUUUAAGAAUCUUAGUUUGACAAGUUCAACGAGAUUCUGUGAAAGAUAUAAUUUCAGUUUAUCUAUCUUAUAUGUUUAAAUAAAUGAUUCACAGUAAACUCUGACCUGUUUCUAUUAAUGUAUUGCUGUAAUAAUAGACA